UGUGUGUGUGUGUGUGUGCGUGUGCGCUCGCUCAGACGGGGGGGAUGGCCUCUCUGCUCAGGGAGUACCUCUGGCUCUGGGUGGUCCUCAUGGUCCUCCUGCUCUCCACCUUCAUCUGCCUCAUCUUCGUCUGCAUCAACAGGUGGAUCUGGCACCAAGGGAAACACAUCUUCAGUCUGAACUCCAGACCUGCAGCCUCCCUGCAGAAAAACUCUCAUCCCGUCGUUCAGAGUGUGAACAGUGUGACGCCUCCUCUGCCUCCGAGAACACAGUUUGUGAACGAAGUUGCGCUGGAUCGGAGCUACGAGAACCUGGCAGAGGAACCGGACUACGAGGACCCCGACGAGAACCCGGGUCCGGACCUUGACCCGGACCAUCGCAGUUCUUUGCCCGACUAUCUGAUGCUGGAGAGUGACCCUGGACCCGACCCUCACCAGGAGAACCGGGAGGAGAACCGGGAGGAGAACCAGGAGGAGAACCGGGAGGAGAACUGGGAGGAGAACUGGGGGGAGAACGAGGAGGACUACGACGACAUCACGGCAGAGGACGAGAAGGAGGCGGACGAGGACUACGACGACGUGAGAUAAACAGCGAGGCCUUCUGGGACAUGGAGUCUUCCUGAACUGAUGAUGCUGCAGUAAAGUGACAAAAAGAACGAGAAGAAGAAGAAGAAGAAGAAGAAGAAGAAAACCCCACGGAGAGUCACGAGUUUUACAAAAGUGUCUGAGCUUCUCUUUUCUUUAAAUCUUCUCCUGGGAAUAAACCGUCGUGUGGACAAAGAGACGCCUGCAGAUCAAACCUGUGUGUCGUUUGUUCAGUCGUUUUUCAAAAUCAAAUCAAAAAUAAGAAACAAAACCAAAAUGAAAAAACAGACAAUGAUCGAUUUUUCUCAGUUUUUGAUUUUGUGUUUAAAUGAAAAAUGGAAAAAAUGGAUAAUGGACUGAACCAGGACUAAAACAGGACUAAAACAGGACUAAGCCAGUCUCAGUCCUGGUCUCAGUCCCAAUCCGGUCCUAGUUCAGUCCUAAUCACAGUCUACACAGGUGCACCCCCGUCCCUGUCCUGAGACUCCUGGCUCAGUCCUGGUUUAGUCCUGGUUUAGUCCUGGUUUAGACCUGGUUUAGACCUGGUUUAGACCUGGUUUAGUCCUGGUUUAGUCCUGGUUCAGUCUGUUUUUUCAUUUUGGUUUUGGAGACAAAUAAUGAAGAAAAUUGUUGUUGUUUUCAUUUUUUAUUUUCAGUUUUAUUUUGAAAACAAAUGAACAAAUGAUUUGUCAGUGUGAUUUGUCAGUGUGAUUUGUCAGUGUGAUUUGUCAGUGUGAUUUCAGGAUUUCUGAGCUGAUUCGUUCAGGAAACAUUGAUUCGUGUAAAUCAGCGCUCAGACUCUGCUCCUCACUCUCUGUCUCGUCGUUCGGCGUUUGUCGUUUGUUGUUUGUGUUCUGGCGCCUCCUGCUGGACAGUCACAUAUUUAACACAACUCUUCCUCUUUAAAGCUCCACUGUGUCACUUUCUGGACGUGGCGCGACACCUGCACGUUCCCACGGAAACAGAAAGAUAAAAGACACACUUCAGAACAUUUUGUACGAUCAUAAACGAUGAACUCCUGUGUCGUCGUGAACAUUUUUGUUACGUUUGUACGACAUAAAUGAACCAGAAUCCUCACGUUUUCACUUUUAUUACUACAUUUAUGAUCGUAAAAAAAAAAAAAAAAAACUGUAAUCAGAGUGAAAAUGUGAGGAUUUCGUUUAUCGUUUAUGAUC